UCUCUGGAAGUUUCCGAGAGAAGUAGGAGAAGAAAUAAUUAGAGAAGAUUAGAAGUGCUCUUUCUUCUUCUGAUAAUAAAAAGCGGUCCGAAUUUUUUCCUCUGCCCUAUGCUCACUUUUUCACUUCCCGGUUUUCUCUCUAUGGCUGGGAGUGAGUGAGUGAUGGUUACUGUACUAUGCAGUCUUCAACUGUGUAUCUCUCUCCCACUCCUUUCAAUGGCGUAGUGGUUGCUGUGCAAUUUGGCUUGUGCUGGUCAGGUGAAAAUGUUGCACACUGACUGGGUGGUGAAUUUCUGAAUCGGCCGGAGUUGUUUCCCUCUGUGUUGUCACAAGAUUCAGAGAUCUGCGGUGAAUUGGGUUUUGAUAUCAACUAACCGAUGGAGUGCAACAAGGAUGAAGCUGUGAGGGCUAAGCAGAUUGCUGAAAAUAAGAUGCAAGCUGGUGACUAUGAGGGGGGGCUGAAAUUUGCUACGAAAGCCCAAAGGCUGUUUCCUGAUAUUCAAAACAUCGUUCAGAUCCUUGCAGUUUGUGAGGUCCACUGUGCUGCUCACAAGAAACACUCUGGGUCUGACAUGGACUGGUAUGGAAUUCUCCAGACUCAACAAUCUGCCGAUGAAGCAACCAUUAAGAAACAGUAUAGAAAGCUUGCACUGCUACUUCACCCUGAUAAAAAUAAAUCUGCUGGUGCAGAGGCUGCUUUCAAGUUGGUUGGUGAAGCUAACAGAGUGUUAAGCGAUCCAUCGAAGCGUACUCUGUAUGACUCAAAAUUUGGAGUUUCAGUGGGAAAUACAGCAGCUAAGGUCGCCCCUUGUCACCCAAAUGGAAAUGCAAGGAAUUAUCAGAACAUUUUUAAUUCACAGCCCCAUGCUUGGAAUUCAAAUCAGUAUGAAAGUCAGACAUUCUGGACAUGUUGUUCUCAUUGUAAUACUAGAUAUCAAUACUACAAAACUAUUUUAAAUCAGACCAUACGCUGUCAACAAUGUUCUAAAUCCUUUAAAGCUCUUGAUAUUGGGAACCCCUAUGUGCCACCAACAUAUUGGUCACCUUUCAAUAAUAAUCAAGGGUCUGCAAAACAUGCAAAUGGCAAAAAUGGCCAUGUGGCUGCAGGAGCGACAAAGGCUGAUGUUAAAGUGUCCAAAGCUAAGGAAUCACAAGCGUCAACAAAGGUUGGUUGUAAAAGAGGAAGGCAGUCAGCAUCAGAUGAUAAUAACAAAGCUGGAGAUGGUAAACGCAUGAAAGACACCAAGGAUCAAGAAAAUACGGUUGAUCCUCCUAGGAGAACUUCAAGGAAAAAGCAGCAUGUUCUGUACCCAGAAACUGAUAAAGCUGGUGAUUUUGGAAUUUCAUCCAAAACUGAUAAAGUGUUAGCAACUGGUGAUGGUGAUCAGAAUGGGGAGACAAGAAAUAAAGCAGAUGCACUACGUGAAGAAACAAUUUUAAGGAAUAAAGUCAAAGUUGAGCAGACUAAUGUGCAAGGAGAGGAGGUAUUGAACUCAGAUCUCAAUGAUAGAAAGUCUAAAGCUGUCUAUUGUUCUCCACCGAAGUCAAAUUUACCUCCCAAUUCAGAGAUUUUCUGUCCUGAUCCAGAUUUCAGUGAUUUUGAGAGAGAUAAGGCAGAGGAUUGUUUUGCUGUUAAUCAAUUAUGGGCUGUUUUUGACAAUAAUGAUGGUAUGCCACGAUUCUAUGCUCUUGUGAAGAAAGUCCACUCCCCUUUCAAGUUGCGGAUUACUUGGCUAGAAGCUAACUCAGAUGACCAAGGUGAGAUUGACUGGAAUAAAGCCGGUUUGCCUAUUGCUUGUGGUAAGUUCAGACUUGGUCAAUCUCAGAGAACUUCAGAUCGUUUUAUGUUCUCUCAUCAGAUGCAUUGCAUAAAAGGAAGUAAUACUACAUAUCUGAUAUACCCAAAGAAGGGAGAAACUUGGGCAAUUUUCAGACAUUGGGAUCUUGGGUGGAGUUCAAAUCCAGAAAAGCAUAUUGAGUAUGAAUUUCAAUAUGUGGAAGUUCUAUCAGAUUUUGAUGAAAAUGUUGGCAUUGAAGUUGCUUAUCUUGGCAAACUGACAGGGUUUGUUAGUCUCUUUCAACAUACUGCAUUCGGUGGUAUUAGCUUAUUUUGUAUAUCACCUAGUGAGAUGUACAGGUUCUCUCAUCGGAUUCCUUCAAACAAGAUGACAGGUGCUGAAAGGAAAGGUGUUCCAAGUGGAUCUUUUGAACUUGAUCCUGCUGGUCUUCCUACUUGUCUUUUUGAAGUUGGUGAUACCGGGGUUCCGAAAAUGGAUGGAGUCAAUUGUUCCCACCAGGAAUACUCUAAAGUUGAACAGGCAACUUCUAGUGAUUGUAUUGACAAAUCAAAGUUGCAAGAGAGUAAUGAUAGUAUUCAGAAAUCAAAGUUGCAAGAGAGUAUUGAUGCCGAAAGAACAGCACAAAUUCUCAGAAGGUCUCCAAGGUCGAGCCAAAAAAAUAUGGACAAUGGCCAACCAAGCACUAGUCAAUUCACGGUCAGAAAGGAUGACAUAAACAUUGACCACAGGGGCUACAGUCCACCAGAGGGAAACGCUGCUUCAUCCCACACUAAUGAGAGGAAGGUCAAGAAACCUCAGAAACAUGAGAAAAAUAGUUAUGAUGGAGAGAUAUUGAAAGUUGGAAAGUUGCAUAAAGAUCUAAGCAAGAAAAAUGCUCUAGGAGAUGCAUCUGAAAGGACAUGUAAAUUGACUGUUAAUCAUUCAAAAAACAGCAAAAAUGUAAAGAGUAGCAACAUUCCUCAGUUUGGAGAAUCAUGUUACGACUUUAAGAUGGAAAAAUCUGAAAAAACGUUUCAGUGUGGUCAGAUAUGGGCAAUAUAUGGUGAUAGGGAUCAUAUGCCCAAUACUUACACUCAAAUUAAGAAGAUUGAAUUCACACCUAGUUUUAGAUUGCAGGUUUCCAUGCUUGAACCGUGCUCACCGCCAGGUGACCUUAGAAGAACAAUAUCUUGUGGCAACUUCGAAGUUAAAAAGGGCAAAUUACAGAUUCUCUCUCUCUCUGCAUUCUCUCACCAGUUAAAAGUUGAACCUUUGGUAAAUAAUAGAUAUGAAAUUUACCCUAGAAAAGGUGAGGUUUGGGCUCUGUACGAGGACCAGAACUAUGAACUGACUUCUUCAAAGCAGGGCAGAGGUAAAUGUGAUAUAGUAGAAGUAUUAGCAGAUAGUGACAAGAGUAUACAGGUUGUUGUUCUGACGCCACAUAGCAACUCCAAGACAAUUUUCAAAGCUCCUAGAAUUCAGAGAUCUAAAACUGGUGUAAUUGAAAUAUUAAGAGAAGAGGUUGGUAGAUUUUCACAUCAGAUUCCUGCUUUUCAGCACAGGGACAAUGUGCAUCUCAGAGGGUGUUGGGAGCUUGAUCCUUCUUCAGUUCCUGGUUCUUUCGUACCAAUAAACUGAAGUAUUUCUAUACCUCUUGUCCACUUUAUUCGUGGUAGUGAAUCCAUGUUUUGUUAUAUAUUAUUUAACCAGCUAUUCUGUGAAGCAGCCAUGUACUGAAUUGUGUUGAAGGGAUCCUCGUUUCAUGUUUUUGAUGAGUUACAUUAGUUAAAGCAGCUGUUAACGCAUUCUGGCUAUAUUUUUGUUUUCA